AUGUCUUCUGAACAAAGGUACGACGUCUCGUUCACACAAUUGCUACUUCAAGAUGAGCUGCCCACUCUCGACAUGUUCCGCCUCCCCAGCCCCGGCCUGCCUGGGGACUCUACCAUGGCUUCAGAUACCGUCGACUCGUCCUACGGCUCCCAGGAGAAUGGUCAGGCCAAUUCGCAACAAGGAGGACAGCCGUUCAACCACGACCUGUUCAGCCUCCCCAGCUCUAGCCUAGUGGGCGAUACUACCAUGGCUUCAGUCUCUAGCGAUUACUACAAUUUCCUGGAGAAUGGCCAGGCUGGUUUACAGCGAGGCGGACAGUGCUUCUAUGAUCCAGUCGCUCCGGAACAGAACCACCUAUUCGACAUGACAUGGCCUAUCGCCGGCAACUUCAGUCUUGACCCAUUUGCGAUCCCGCAGUCCUCCGCUCAAAGUGCCUUUGCUCCACUGGACUAUGCGGCGGCCUUCGAAACAGCUGGGAAGUCAGACUUUGAUGUCGGGAACCUUGACAGCCUACAAGACAUGCAGACGUUCAACAACACCGCUGGUAACUGCCAUCUGAGCGAAAUUGAGGCAAUUCCGACUUCUGAACUUGACGGCGGCCUUGCUUCUAGCACGCCGUGGCACACUCCACAAAUUCCACCAAUUGACGUGAGUUUUUUUUUAAACCGACGCUAA